AUGUUGGAGGAGCCUACCGUUCCGUGUCCUUCCAUUGGGAGCAGCAAGCAUUAUCUGGGGCUCUGCAAGCCGUGCGACUUCAAAUGCCGUUCGUCAUGUCGAUUUGGGUAUCAGUGCUCCUUUUGCCACAUCUGCGGCCCAGCGCAGAGCCGCCAAUGGAAGAAGCAAAAGAAGAGCUUCUGGAAACAGGCUUGCGCAGGAGAAGCUGUGACCUCGAGGUUGCUGAAGCUUGUCGUAGCUAACAGAAUGUGCAGGUCCGAGCAAACCAGACAGCCUCACAAGCUCCAAGGCAUCGUUCUCUCUUUUCAGUCCUUUCUGACAGGCACGAGGACCCAAGCUCUGUGCUCAGGACUCUGA